CAGGACCUGCGAUGAACCAAGAACUGAGCCGGAUAUCGAGCUAGGUCACAGUGCAGAACUGGCCUCGUAAUAACCAAUAUAUUAUUAUUAUUGCUUCGGUAACAUCGAUAGCUAGGAAGCGACAUAGCAAGAGAAAACUGAUUUCAACAGAGCGAGCAAGCUUUGCAGUCCAGGGCCGACCGUGAGUUCCUGAGUUGAACUAAAAGUGUAAGUUUCAGCGAGUCACAGUCAUCGUAGACUAGUACCAGCAGUGAGAUCGCACCAGGCCAGGGCCUGCAAUCGAUGCCCGCUACUUCUAGACUAAGCCGGCCAGAUGGUAUGCUCUGCUUCGACGACUGAUCUCGGGAAAGUAGUAAGAGUUCUUGUGAACGACACCAGCAGUGGUGCAGCGACUGUGUGCUAGUCCCGGGAUACCUUUACAUAGAAACACAGUGCAGUGUGCUUGGAUAUCCCUCACAGUUACACAGAGUCGCAGUGCAUAGCGCCAAUAGACUUGUUGUGCAGUAGCUGGCGGCCUGCGCAUAGUCCCCAUACAUGCAGCCAGAAGAACUGAGUCGGAAGGCUACAAAAGGUGACACUGGUUGUACACAGCCACCACUACUGCUGCUUCUGCAACUAGCACCACCAGCGAGUGGAUCACGACUGCUGCUGCUAUACUGAUAGUUGCUAGCUGAAGAGAUCAUCUCCGCCCAGAACACGCCCACCUGGCCUGCUUGAACCAUGCCUAGCAGAAUCCAGCUGAAGAUCGUCCUGCUGGGGCAGAUGAACUGUGGCAAGACAUGCCUGGUGACGCGCUACAUCAGUGGAUCGUUCAGCACCAGAGAGCAGUCAACGAUAGGAGCAGCGUUCUGCCAAAGGGACAUUUUACUGUCCAACGGUCAAACAGUCGUUGUAGGAAUCUGGGAUACGGCGGGCGCAGAACAGUUCCAAGCCAUGAGCUCACAGUACUAUCGUGGUGCGGGCGCUGCUAUCAUCUGCUACGACAUUACACAGGAAGCAAGUUUUGCGAAGGCAAAGUGGUGGGUUGACCAGUUGAAAGAAAACGAGCCGGAUUGUCAGAUCUACCUGGCUGGUAACAAGCUGGAUCUGGUCAAGGAUCAGGGACACCCGCGGGCUAUAGAUCGGCACGAUGUCCUUGAUUACUGCAACACGGUCGACGGGGAAUUCCUGGAGACAUCAUCAAAGACGGGCGAAAACAUAGAGGAGCUUUUCCAACUCAUCGCCAAGGACUACAACCGUGCGCGGCCAAAACUGGAAGAAAUCAAGUUGAAAGAUAGCCGCAGCACAACAGAUGGAGUGCUUCGCCUUGAUCAACCAGACAGCCGCGGAGCAUCAAGACGACAGGCGGGCGCAGCACAGGCACAGCAAGGCCAGCAGUCCGCGCAGGGGGACAGCGGCGGUGGCUGCGCCUGCUAGGACGCGUUUACACAACACACCAUGCACUGAAUUGCCAAGAAGCGGAUAUCUUCACUGAAGUGACGCGUGUUGGAUUUGAAUCCCGCAGCUAUGGUGGAUGGAUGUGUUCCUCGGCUCACUGGAUUCUGUCAGCACCGUAUACAUAGUGUAUGAGGACUUGCAGAACCGAACAGCCAACCCGGUCACAGUCAUGGUACCGAUGCUCCAUGGUAUCUAGGUAGGUUUGAAUUUCUCCGCUCAACAGACUAUACAUGUUUAUGAAUUGAGCUAGGUUGGAAAACUGUUCAAAUUCCGGAGGUGCUGUAACGCCUGGCGAAAUAUUGGAUGUGCACUGCAGUCCCCUGUGCUUCUUGACGGUAGGCCGGAUUUCAAAAUGAUCACUUAUGGGCAGGUCUCAUGGGGGAGGGAAGAGGACUGCAGGAAAGUCCCCCUACAAGACACUCCAAUACAUUUCAGAGUAUGAUACAUUCAGGAAACAGCUAGAAAUGUCCUUCAAAGAUUAUUGUUCCCGUGAAGCAUUGCUAGUCAUUUCAUCUUGCAGCAUCGUCUAUUUCUACAAUAUAUUUUCUGACUAUUACUCAAGUUCAAAGUACAGAGCCUGAAUGAACUCUUCAUCAUAAGUACUCGUACAUGUAUAUCAUUCGUUCUCUCCAAUGGAUAUGAAAGGGAUCUGUUAUUUUGAAAAGAACUCUAUUUUUACUGCCUUCAGUGUUCACGUACAUUCAUUCGCAGUCUCAGUGAUUAGCAAUCCUGGUUUCCAAACAUUUUGA